ACCGCGGCCCUGGCACAGCCAUCUCCGCCGCCGCCGCCGCCGCCGCCGCCCUCGCGGGCGCAGACGUCGCCGGGGCCGGGGAGGGGCGCCACUCCCAACCGCCGGCUGGGCAAUGUCCGUGGCGUGUCCGUGCCGUCGCCACCCGGACGCCGGGCCCGCCUCUCCGCCCCUGGGACCAGCCGCUCGUCCUCCGCGGCCCGCGAGGAGCUGCGGCGCCGCCUGCUGGGCCUCAUCGAGGGCCAUCGAGUGGUCAUCUUCAGCAAGAGCUACUGUCCGCACAGCACGCGGGUUAAAGAGCUCUUUUCUUCUUUGGGAGUUGAAUGUAAUAUCUUGGAACUUGACCAAGUUGAUAAUGGGGCCAGUGUUCAGGAGGUGCUGUCGGAGCUCACUAACCAGAGGACUGUGCACAUCUUUGUGAAUAAAGUGCACAUGGGUGGCUGUGACCGGACUUUCCAGGCCCAUCAGAGUGGCUUGUUACAGAAGCUCCUUCAGGACGACCCAGCCUACGAUUAUGACCUCAUUGUCAUCGGUGGUGGCUCUGGUGGCCUCGCAUGUGCUCAGGAAGCCGCCAUUUUGGGGAGGAAAGUCCUGGUGCUGGACUUUGUGGUCCCGUCGCCCCAGGGCACAUCAUGGGGUCUUGGCGGUACUUGUGUAAAUGUGGGCUGUAUUCCUAAGAAGUUGAUGCAUCAAGCCGCCCUCCUGGGGCAGGCGUUAACCGACUCAAGGAAGUUUGGCUGGGAGUAUAGUCAACAAGUGAAGCACAACUGGGGGACCAUGACAGAGGCCGUCCAGAACCACAUUGGCUCCCUGAACUGGGGCUACCGGCUGUCUCUGCGGGAGAAGGCUGUGGCCUACAUCAACUCCUACGGGGUUGUCGAACACCACAAAAUCAAGGCAACCAAUGGAAAAGGACAGGAAACAUGUUAUACUGCUGCUAAAUUUGUCAUAGCAACAGGGGAAAGGCCGCGGUAUCUGGGGAUCCAAGGAGAUAAGGAAUACUGUAUUACCAGCGAUGACCUCUUCUCACUGCCCUACUGCCCAGGCACCACCCUGGUGGUGGGGGCGUCCUACGUGGCCCUGGAGUGUGCAGGUUUCCUGGCCGGCCUGGGCCUCGACGUCACGGUCAUGGUGCGCUCUGUGCUCCUGCGGGGCUUUGACCAGGAGAUGGCCGAGAGGGUGGGCUCCUACAUGGAGCAGCACGGCGUCCGCUUCCUGCGCAAAUUUGUGCCUGUGGAGGUACAGCAGCUGGAGAAGGGGUCCCCUGGGAAGCUGAAGGUCAUGGCUAAAUCUACAGAAGGUCCAGAGACAAUCGAAGGGGUUUAUAACACGGUUUUGUUAGCAAUUGGUCGUGACUCCUGUACAAAGAAAAUGGGAUUGGAGAAGAUUGGUGUCAAAAUCAAUGAGAAGAGUGGCAAAAUCCCAGUGAACGAUGUGGAACAGACCAAUGUGCCCUACGUUUAUGCUGUUGGGGAUGUCCUUGAGGGCAAGCCUGAGCUCACACCCAUUGCUGUGCAGGCGGGCAAGCUGCUGGCUCGGAGGCUCUUUGGGGGCCGGUUAGAGAAGUGUGACUACGUUAAUGUCCCCACUGUGGUGUUCACACCUUUGGAGUACGGCUGCUGCGGGUACUCUGAGGAGAGAGCCAUUGAGGUGUAUCAGAAAGAGAACCUAGAGGUCUACCACACUCUUUUCUGGCCUCUUGAGUGGACAGUGGCCUGCAGAGACAACAAUACUUGUUAUGCGAAGAUAAUCUGCAAUAAAUUGGACAAUGAUCGGGUGAUAGGAUUUCAUGUUCUUGGACCGAAUGCUGGCGAGAUUAUCCAGGGGUUCGCAGCCGCCAUGAAAUGUGGGCUCACGAAGCAGCUUCUUGACGACACCAUUGGAAUCCACCCCACAUGUGCUGAGGUGUUCACAACGUUGCAGAUCACGAAGGCGUCGGGCCUGGAUGUCACUCAGAAGGGCUGCUGAGGCUAAGUUGCUGCUGUGUAGUCUCGUCUGCGCCUGUGAGCACGGACAGGGAGACAGGACAGCAGCGGUGCCUGCCUGGCCUGCUGACGGGGAGGGGCAGCUACGCUGCCUCCUUGACGUCCUUGCUCGAAGCCCGCCCAGAGGUGAGCCAGGACCGACCUCUUCCCAACUCAUCCAUCGUCCCUGGAUGCUGCAUUUUCCCUCUUGCUUUGUUGAUUCCCUGGAAUUAUUUUGUUGUGAAACUGACUAAAGUGGGUCUGCUCAGCUCCACAGCCGCAGGCACGGGUGGUGGAAAGCGGCGCCCACCAUCUCCUGCUGUGGGCACUUUUUCUUGGCGGUCACAACCCGCCUCUCCCCGGCCUGGUCCCCAGUGGCGACCACCUGGCCAUUCUCCACUUUAAGCCCCUGACUGAGCAGAAGAGCUCACGUCAGACCAUGCUGAGCUUAAGAGUAACAUUAAAGGGUUCUCAAUAGUAUGUUAUGAGAAAUCUAAUUUAAAACGAUUUAAAAUGAUU